UUGAUCGUUCAACUUUGAAACACUCUGUAACGAUCGCGCCUUAAAAAGACAUACAAGUCGAUACACUAAUAAGAUCGUUUCUCUGAAAUCGCGGCAAAACAUCAGGUUGUAGCGUUAUAUAACAUAAUUGUACUACUUUAUUAGAAAACUCGUAGGUUUGUUCAUAGUCUUCUAGCAAACAUAGCGCCGUCACGUACGUCUACAUGCCAUGUUUAAUUAUUUCUUUUGUCGUGUAUAGAAUUGACUUCACCGAUGUAAAUUUAAGCGGGAUGAGUCCAUUCAGAUGCGUAUGAUCGGUGCACGUUAUUUAACAUCAAUUAUGCGAUGCCGUUCGUUGAAUCUCAAUCAGCUUGAUCGGUAUCGUUUAAUAACUUUAAUUAUUUUUUUUCAUCUUGUUGAUGCUUUAAUCUUUCGUAAUUGCUUGUUCAACGAUCAUCCAGUGAUUUUAUCGUGUAUAUUUAUUCGUCGAGAUUAAUUACACGAAAUCCUUUCAGUUUGUUGUAUAUUUAAUCACCUGUCGACUAGUUGAUUCGAGAUAGUUGCAUCUUCGAUAAAAUAUUGCUUGCUAUUAAAUCAUUAGCAUCCGCUGACUUAAAUUGUCGACACAAGAUUACGUAGAUAUCAACAAACAAGUUGUCGUAUUAAGUAGGUGUUUAAUAAAUUCACUCCAAGAUUCUGCAACCGAUAUUCUCGAUUAUGCACUCAAAAUAGUCGAUCACUGAUUCUGAUAAAUCUAUUCGAAAAUGAAAGUUAUUCCGAGAAAGUGUAUCAAGAACUCCAGUUGCUUAAAAUAAUGAACUUACUCAAACCUGGUAAUACUAUUUUCAAGAUGGUAUUUUGGGAACUUCCUCAGAAUUACAAAUAUCUCAAAACAAUACUCUAUAGAUGGUUAUCAUCUUAAUUUGUACAAAAAAAUAUUUCAAAUCUCAAAUUGUUCACUGAAUCUCAGGCAUGAAAAGAAAACAGACAGCUGAAAUGUUUAAUCUUAUUCCAAGACUGAAAUCUUAAUACAAAACGAAGAUUUUUGCUACCUCGAAACUUCAAGUUCUUCAAGACUCUUCUGCUGAAAUUUCACUGUAGACGAUUUCAAUCCAACGUUUAAUUUUUUAAAGUCGUUCUGAAACGCGAGGACGCUAGCUGAAAGAAAGUUGCAAUUGACACGCAUAACGAUUUGCAGGUCAAUCAAACAGAAAAACCAGUUGGACAGAAGCACAAUGUUUUUCGAGUCAAUUCACACUCGCCGGGAAAUGCACCUGUAGCCUGGAUUCUCCCUUUCACGCUGACCUCUCGGUACUCGUUGCAAACUCGCAUAAACGCACACAAACUAUUUAUAGAUAACGCAAGGCUGAUUAUUUCUUUUACUCGUCUUCGGUUCUACAUAUGUACUACGAGCGUAUAUGUCAUGGUAGAAUCGUAAAGCAACGGCGUCAUUAGACACAUAGACAUAUAGGAGGAUUAUAACUCGUAUUACAGUAGACUCUCGUUAUAUUGCCGAUAUGGUAGAGUGGGAAAUUCUUGAACUUAUUUGUACAAUUUCUAAAUUGGACGAUCUCUGUAACACGUUACUAGAUCUUCAGAUCUGGAUCCUCAUAUUACAAGAUUCUUCUACAUUUCGAGUAUCUUUAUGUCCAUCUUUAUGAAGAGAUCUUAAAUGUCUCUAAAUUCCGAGUUGCUCUAAAUUCCAACUUUGAAUAAGUGUAUCUACACCUAUCUAAAAAGGUCCCUGAUACUAGUUCAUAUUUAGUACGCGAUACGAAGAUGUAGAAAUAAUGAUAAUUUCGAAACAUCCUUUAUCAUAGAAUAUGUAGAAGCUGAAAGUAUGUUGUAACCGCAAUAUGAUGUACUACAAAGCUAAUUCUGCAUUUGAAAAGCAUACGUAGAACAAUUGGAACAAAUGAAACGAGGCUUCGUACAUAUUAAUUACUUCAAUUUCGUCCCUGGAUAUCACAAUUUGCCAAGAAUUAGGGUAACUAUCAGGCAUCCGGUUAUAGCGCAGAGAAGUGCAAUUACACGUUUCUUUUUAAUGCACCGGUACAGCGGGAGAGAAAUGGGAACUUGGCGACAAGAGAAAAAAAGUUAUAUGUUAAGACAAAAAAGUCCAUAAUAUUGCUGGAUGUACGUAUAAUCCAACCAACCGAACGAGUACUGUUUCGCUCACGAUGGCCAACGUUUUUCCACGAACGAAACCUGUUGCAAAUUACAUCUCUUUUGUGCUCGUCCUUCGAGGGAUGCGCCAAGUAUUCUACACAUUGAAUUAUUUAUUUCGCAACAAGGAUCACAUCUAUUCUGUGCCAAUAGAAGACGCUCGCUAGCAUAAAUAUCGCUUUUGGCUCGAGGAUUUGGCGAUAUGAAAGGAGACUGCUGCUCAGGAUCAGGGCCGGUUUGCAGAUGAUUAAUCAAAAGCAAUCAGGAUGAUCUACAGAGAGGAACUAAAGAUUAAUGAUCUUUUACUUAAACCUUAAUGAUGAUGGAUAGAUUGAGAGAAGACAAAGAAGAAUUUAAUAAAAACUAUAAUUUUAGGAGUAUGAAAUUCUUGAAUGUAGAAGAUAUGUAGUAAACUGAAAAUGAAAGUAAACAAUAAGGAUAAACAUGAGGAAGCAAAAACAGGAAUAACAACUGGAAUGUUUAAUUGAUGAUAAAAAGAAGUAAUUCUAAGAAAGAACUGAGAAUCAGUGGAGUUUUCAAAUAUCAGAAAUUUGAAACUACUAGUCUAUAAAUAUUGAUUUCAUUGACAGAAAACAUGACCAGUGUAUAUCAUGUGUAGUGAAACAUUCAAUAUUGUUAGUCAUGAAGGUAACAAUCAGAUCAUAAUUCUCAAAAACUUAAAUCAUGAUAGACAUUAUGUAUUCAAUCAGAAAUGAAUUUCAUCCAUCAUUAACAUUAAAAGCAAAAAACCUGAGAAGAAACACAAGAUCAAGAGUACAAUUUGUAAAAGUUAUAAAUAAAGCAUUCAGAAUGGAAGGUAAAAUCACACAAAGUGCAGACUACUACAUUACAUAGGUCCUCAGUAUUAAAAGUAGAAUUGGACUCAUCGUCAACAUUAGAAACAGGAGAAGUAAAGAAUCAGAGAAACCACAAGAUCAGAGGUAGAAUUUCUGGUGAUCUUAAAUAACCACAAAGGACAUCAAAAUAAAACGUAGAAUUCUCAAGAGGUUUGGCCACCAUAAAUACUACAUACUUGAUACUAAAAGUAGAAUCCCAUUAGAAAGAAAAGAAGCAAAGAAUGGAAGAAGGUUCAGGAUUAAAAAUUAGGGUUUUUAAAGAUGUUAAAUGAUUACAAAGCACCAGAAUGGAAGGUAGAACCGAAACCACCAUCAUUUGGCUUGAAACGAGUUAAAGAGAGGCAAAAAUAUAAGAGAGGCAAAGACGAGAUUAAAAGUUGAAAUGUAGAAUUUUCAGCCACGACGAGUCGCUGGUAUUCAGACACCCAUUUGGGACAGAUGACCGUGGUUGCAAUUGGGGGUAGGAGAAUGCUGAUGGGGGCCUGGAUCGUCAGCAACGUUGACCAUCAGGGAUAACCAGAAGAAGUAGGGGGAGGGUAGACUCGCAGAACCGAUGGUGGUGGCUGCGGCGCCACUGCUAUCUCCGAGGAAGGGUCAUAUACUUCUGUUCCCGUGUAUUGCUAGCCAAAGUGCCGGCAGUCAUCGUCCGUCCUUCGUGCGUGUGGGAUCGUUUUGCGUUCCUCCAUUCAACGUCGAUGCUCUUUUGACAAGUGUGAGACCGUGAGCUCAGUGAAUUCGUCACGCGAGGAAACAUUCUCUGGGAAUUCACUCUUCUGCAAUUCAUAUUUUUCAAACUGAAACAGGAAAAAGAAGCUGCAAUAAAAUCCAAACCAACCAUGUCAAUUUGUAUAUGCUAAGAAGAACCUCAUCUCAAAACACCAGGAAGAAACUGCAAUCGUAACACGUCAUCAGGAAGAUAUUUUCUUUAUAAUAUUAUUGUUAGUUAAUUCAACUUGCUCUCUUAACGAUGCAGUACGAGAAACUGUGUCCCAGAUCACACAAGAUGUUCAGCACUAUCUCCGUUUUAUCUAAAAUGACAUAAAAUCCUGAGAGAAGUUUUACUCGAGCUCCAGGUAGAAAUAACUUUGCACAAUUUAGAGAUUCAAAGUAGUGACUGUAAAGUUCUUCAAGGAUAAAUACGAGUAGGAAAACAGUUGGAGAGGAAAGAUAUUUUUCAAGUUUGUGAGUCAGUAAUUUGAUUCUUCGACGCACAGUAUAGGUCUGAGGACCUAUUCGUGGCAAGAAAUCAUUAUUUCCAUCGAGACGGAUUCGACGACAGAAAGAAAUUGCUUCAGGAGCGUAUCCCCGAGCAGAAGGACCACGGGGAUUCGAAGACGUAAACGAAGAAGAAUAAGAGGAAUCAAGGAAAAAUGGCAUACGACGAUGUUAUACUGCGAAUGGGCGAGUUCGGCCGCUACCAACGCAGGAUCUACCUCAUGCUCUGUCUUCCUGCGAUAUCCUGCGCAUUUCAUAAGAUCGGAGGUGUCUUUUUGAGCGCCAAAGUGAACGCUAGAUGCGUGCUGCCACACGAGGACAUAGAAAACGCAACAUAUUGUUUACCUGAUCAUAUAAUGAACGCUAGCUAUCCCUGGGACGAUGAGCAACGAGGACCGUCCCAGUGUUUCAGAUACGACGUUCCUAGUAUCGUUAACGAAACGAUGAUGAGGUACGUCGAUGCAUCGGCCAACGGUACCUUCGUCCAGAAAUCCCCGGAUGGUCCUAAUGCUCAACGGGUCAAGCCAUGCGAAGGAUACGUCUACGACAGAAGCAAAUAUCAAAGUACCACUACUUCUGAGUGGAACUUAAUUUGUGACAAGGCAUGGCUGAGAGCUACGGGGGACUCUUUGUUCAUGGUAGGAGUCAUGCUUGGCUCGAUGAUAUUCGGUGGUUUGUCCGAUAAGUUUGGACGUAGACCAAUUUUCUUCCUGUCUUUAGUCAUACAGCUGGUCGGUGGUAUACUAGUCGCAGUUUCACCCGAGUUUAUUUCCUACGUUAUCUUCAGAUUGAUAGUCGGCUCGACUACCAGUGGAGUAUUUCUGGUGGCUUAUGUUAUUGCCCUGGAAAUGGUAGGUCCAAAGAAACGUUUGGUAGCUGGGGUCGGUUGCCAAUUGUUUUUCACGACUGGCUACAUCCUUACUGCUGGUUUCGCGUAUUUUAUAAGAGAUUGGAGAAUGCUACAAGUGGCAAUCACUAUACCAAGCAUAGUAUUCCUCCUUUACUGGUGGUUCAUUCCUGAAUCUGCUCGCUGGUUAUUAACGAAAGGUCGUACGCAAGAAGCCAAAGAUCUUCUGCAGCGUGCUUCCCUAGAAAAUGGCGUGGAAAUGCCGAGUGAAGUUUUGGAAACGCUUCUUAACAAUAACAGCGAAGAUAGCACACCAGACUAUAGGAAACCAUCGUUAUUUGACCUUUUCCGUUAUCCAAAUUUGAGGCGGAAAAGUAUUCUACUAUUUUUCAAUUGGCUUGUAAAUAGUGGUACAUAUUAUGGAUUAUCUUGGCACGUAGCCAACCUUGGUGGAAAUGAUUACAUUAAUUUCCUUAUUUCUGGACUGGUGGAAGUACCAGCAUAUACGUUUUUAAUUUUUACUCUAAAUCGUUGGGGUAGAAAAAUCAUUUUGUGUGGCUGUAUGUUAGUAUCUGGAGUAGCAUUGCUGGGCAUUUUAUUUGUACCUGCUGAUGCUCCAUGGGUAGUAGUAUGUCUAGCAAUGAUUGGCAAACUUACGAUCACAUCGUCUUAUGGUGCUAUUUAUGUUUUUACUGCCGAACAAUUUCCCACGGUUAUUCGAAAUGUCGGUCUUGGAGCUAGUUCUACUUUCGCUCGAAUUGGUGGUGUCAUUGCUCCAUGUGUUAUACAUCUGUCUGAAAUUUGGAUGCCUCUGCCUUUCGUUAUUUUUGGAACAUGUGUACUCCUUGGUGGAAUGUUGUCAUUGCUACUACCAGAAACAUUGAACAAGAAACUUCCUGAGUCUAUACAGGAUGGUGAAUUAUUUGGAAAAAAAACUUCCAAGAAGAAGAAGAAACAUCAAUUAGAUAUGGAACAGCCAAAUGCAAUUGAUGUGAUUAAACCACUGAAACCUCAAGAGAAUGGUGUUAAUGAAAAGCAAAAUGGAUGACGUUAAUUUUUACAAGAGAACAUCGGCUAUGGUUAAAAUAUAUACUUGAAUCCUGUCUGAUUGUACAUAUAUUAGACACUCUUGUAUACACUUCUUAUGCGUAUCAACUUAAGAGUGCUAAUUGCAAGAUUGCAAUACCAAAAUAAAAAAUUACAUUGAACUUCCAAGUUGUAUAAUCAACAUAGAUUGCUUGUAAUUCAACAAAACAUGUAAAACGAUCAAAAGAUUAUGGGAAAUGUACACAGUACUUUCUGCUUGUCUUAAAACGUAUUGAAAGUAAGAAGGUAGUAUUUACCUUCUGUUUAUACACGUACAGAACACACAGCCUUUGUAAUUGAUAGCACAUAAAAACUCUGUCAGCAAACAUAUCAUUUACUCUAAUUUCUGAUUGUAUCUAUAUACGUAAGUGCCCUUGAAAUAUAAACUUGUAAAAGUUUGAUCGGGAAAUCCAUAUGGAAAGUAAUUAUACAUUAACAUGCAUCGAAUACAGAUAAAAGAAAUACAAAGACUUCGACAUUU